AUGGUAGCAGCAAGGGGGCGGCUACAGCAGGUUGAUUACAAUUUAUAUGGAAUGAGCCAUUUGCACACCGUAAAGGUCAAAUUCCGCUCACCAUUAAGCUAUUGCUAUAGUGCUGCUUUUUUAAGGCGCAACAAUUUGGAUACGCCAGAAGCUCUGAGUAGCAGCAGUAGUGAGAAACCAAAAAGUUGGCUUUUUUCUACAAUACCCAGUGCUGUCGUACGGCCGGAUUCCACUGGUUCGCCUGACCGCACAGAUAAAAAGUUCAUCCACCUGACCAGACGUCAGAGUAUCUGUCAACUUGAGGCUGAUGCAAGUGUUGAUGACAUCAUCAAUGAGAAAUUUAAAAUUUACACUUCCCUUUCUCAGACAGGAUUUGAUGUUAGAAUGGUUCAAUCACUAGUACCUAUUUGGGAGGAGGAAUAUGAGCGCUCUGGUAUACAGGAAGCAAUUAAGCAAGCUGAUCCCAAUAGGCCUCCAGCUGAUUGUGUCUUGAGAAGCUUUAUACAUGGGCUUAAUUAUGAUAAGGCACUCUCUGAAUUGUGCAUCGAAACAUGUAAUUCUUCUCCUUCCAAGAUCCAUGUUGUAGAUGGAAAUGAGAAGUUAGUGAAGUAUAUGAAGUCAUUUGGUGACAUUAGCAGGAAAAUUGAACUCAUGGGAGACCAACCACACAUCAAAUCUUAUCAAGUUCUUUUGGUUAGUGGUGGAGAAGAAAAUAGAAGUAACGAAACUUCAUCAUCUCAAAGUUUAGUGAAAGGAGAUCUGAAG